ACAAACGGACAAAGAGGAGUUUGGACAAACUCCACUGGGCAACUCCAGUCAUGAUCUUGCAGUACUUAUUUGACUACUUUGACUUAAAGAGCUGGCUGAUAUUUCUUUUUGUUUUCCUUCUGUUAAUUGAUAUAAUCAGGAACAAGAACCCACCAAAUUUCCCACCAGGUCCCUGGUGGUUACCUUUUGUAGGAAAUGUCUUCACUGGGCUUGAGUAUGAAACCAUUGACAAGCUUUCCAAAAAGUAUGGGGAUGUUUUUAGCCUGAGAUGGGGCAGUGAGAAAACAGUGUUCAUUUGUGGAUACAAAAUGGUGAAGGAGGCUCUCGUCACUCAGCUGGACAGCUUUUCUGACCGUCCUCUUAUCCCCCUGUUUGACAAGAUCUAUGAAGGACAUAGUAUAUCCUUGAGUAAUGGGUACCUGUGGAAGACGCAGAGAAAGUUUUUCAUCACUCACCUGCGGUACUUUGGCGAGGCAAAGAAGGGUCUUGAGCAGAGUAUCCAACAGGAGUGUGCCUUUCUGUGUGAAGCUUUCAAAGAGGAAAGGGGUCCUUUUGACCCCCAGUUCUACUUGAACACGGCUGUUUCAAACAUCAUCUCUGCUCUAAUAUUUGGGCAUCGCUUUGACUACCAUGAUGAACGCUUCCUCAAUAUCCUGCGCUUGGACACUGAAGCUAUUGCACUCGCAGGCUCGUUCCAGGCUCACUUGUACAAUGUCUUCCCUCGUCUCUUUGAUUACAUUCCUGGGCCGCACCAAAAGAUGUUUACCAACUACGGGAAGAUCAUUGAGUUCCUUAAAGAUGAGGUCAAAAGGCACAAGGAGAACUGGGAUCCCUCAGACCCGCGAGACUACAUAGACGCUUUCCUGGUGGAAAUGGAGAAGAAAAAGAGUGAUCCUGAGGCUGGAUUCAACCUUGAUACAUUAGUGUUAACCUCACUGGACAUGUUUGAAGCAGGAACAGAAACCUUAACCUCUACACUACGCUGGGCUCUGCUGUUCUUGAUGAAGUACCCAGAAAUACAGAAAAAGGUGCAAGCAGAGAUAGACAGAGUGAUUGGACAGUCACGCCAACCCAGUUUGGCUGACAGACCCAACAUGCCCUACACUGAUGCUGUCAUUCAUGAGACCCAGAGGAUGAGCAACAUUCUCCCUUUAGGUUUUCCUAAAAGAGCCUGUAAAGAUACGACACUGGGAGGAUACGUCAUACCAAAGGGCACGUCUAUGAUUACAAACCUGUCAUCUGUGCUUUAUGAUAAAAGUGAGUGGGAAACACCAGACACCUUUAACCCAGGACACUUUCUUGAUGAACAAGGCCAAUUCCGCAAGAGAGACGCCUUUCUGCCCUUUUCAGCAGGUAAGAGGGUGUGUCUAGGGGAGCAGUUGGCACGUAUGGAGCUCUUCUUAUUUCUCCCUUUUCUGCUACAACGCUUCACAUUCUCCUCUGGUCCUGGAGAGGAGCUGAGUCUGAAGGGCCAGGUGGGCUUCACCAACACGCCCAGGCCCUACCGCAUGUGUGUGAUGCCACGCUGAGAGCCAGUGAGUGAAGGGAGAUGAUGCGCUGAGACUGUGGUAUAAGCUGUCUUUAGUUAAGAAUAAAUAUUCUAUAAGAGCAAAGGAUGAGAUGCAUGUUAGAUUGAAUAGAUUUAAAUAGAGCAACUCUUACAAUAUAUAUUUAAAUAAAAUUGAACUCAUGACCACUGUUGUAAGCUUAGACUUUGUAAAAUAGUUUGUGUUGUAUUCCAUUGUGUCAUAACAGUAUACCUGCAGUGGAUUGCUGGGAAUGUAAAAAUAUGUAAAUUUUACAUAAUGACAUCUGUAACCUCAAAAUAUGAUGAAUUUAAUUAUAAAUGUUUCAUGCAUUAUCUUUUUGUACUAAAAUGUUUUUAUAUUGCUGUGCAAUCAGCCUAAUAAUAAUGGCAUGUAUAGUGUAUUAUGAAUAUAAAGAUAUGAGAUUCUUCUUUUGAACUUACACCAUGUCACUCAUGUUUAAUUAAAGGUUAUUACUACUAUUAUUAUUAUUAUUAUUAUUAUUAUUAUUAUUAUAUAGACUGUUGCAAAAUGUUCACUAAUGAUAAUUUGGCUGACCAACACUGUAUAGUUAGCUUGUUUUGUUUUUUGUUUUCUUAAAGCUACACUAUAAGGUUUGGGGAUCAGAGGAAGAUCUCUCUGGAGAAAAGAUGUAAUUGCACACAGUGUGCAAAGGAACAUUUUGUAAAGAUGGUUUUUGGACCCUCCCCUAGUGGAAGAACAGUGCUGGCCCUACCUAAUACUUUAAUCCUGUCACAAAAAACGACCUCAGGCUGUGAUUAAUCUUUGUGCGCAUGAAAGUGUGGCUUUUUGUGUCAAACAUAAAGAGGAGUCACCAAAGAAGGAAAAAAAUCAUGCCACUUAAAUAUGUUGAAAGUAAAGCAUUUAUAACAGUAAAAAAGCAAAGCUGUUGCCACUCUGUAAUUUAAAAUUGUGACUUAAAACCCCAAAGAAGCAGCUAAUCAACAGCAAAACACAAAUAAGCCAGUUAUUAAUUUAUAAUUUAGACAGCUUGUGGUAGUCAUUGUUAUUAGUCUAUCAUUUUGCAGUAUAUUAGCUAGCUAGAUGUGGUCCCCAAAAAAUCUGAGUGGACGCGUCUGAUGAUUGUGAGUGUGUUGAAAAAGUUUUUAAAGAAAACAGUAAAAAUUUGGUAAAUUACUUUUUAGGCUCUUUGAGUAUAUAAGUGAAUUAUUGUCACCAUAUGUUUAUCAAUAAAAGAUUAAUUUUGCCUUUGAGACCUAAA